CCCCCGCGCUCCGGCUCCGGGCCCGGGCAGGGGCGGCGCGAGACGGGCCUCUCGGUGCGGCCUUUCUGUCUCCUCCCUCCAGCCGUGCUGGGGGCGGAGGGGCAGAGGCCUGGCCCCGCUCGGCGCCCCCCGCUCCCCGGGCAGGCGCGGGCGGAGCCCGGCCCGCCUCGGCCGGCCACGGCAGGCGCGGUGCGACGCGGUGCCGCGGGCAGCGAGCUCCGCAUUCGAACCUCCCUCGCAAAGACAGUCUCCGCCCCACAAUGCACCGCGGCGGGCAGCCUUUGAAAAAGCGGCGCGGCUCGUUCAAGAUGGCGGAGCUCGACCAGUUGCCUGACGAGAGCUCUUCAGCAAAAGCCCUUGUCAGUUUGAAAGAGGGAAGCUUAUCUAACACAUGGAAUGAAAAAUUCAGUUCUUUACAAAAAACACCUGUUUGGAAAGGCAGGAAUACAGCCUCCACUGUGGAAAUGCCUUUCAGAAAUUCAAAACGAAGUCGACUCUUUUCUGAUGAAGAUGACAGACAAAUAAAUACAAGAUCACCUAAAAGAAACCAGAGGGUUGCAAUGGUUCCACAGAUAGCAUUCCAGUGCCAGAAUAGCCUCCCAGAGGAUACACUCCUACCACUCUUUGAAGGUGAUAAUGACUUCUGUGUAUGUCUAAAGGAAUCUUUUCCUAAUUUGAAAACAAGAAAGUUAACAAGAGUAGAAUGGGGGAAAAUCAGGCGGCUUAUGGGAAAACCACGGAGAUGUUCUUCUGCAUUUUUUGAGGAAGAGAGAUCAGCAUUAAAACAGAAACGGCAGAAAAUAAGGCUCUUACAACAAAGGAAAGUUGCGGAUCUUACACAAUUCAAAGAUCUCCCAGAUGAAAUUCCUUUGCCCCUGGUUAUUGGAACCAAAGUUACAGCACGGUUACGUGGUGUUCAUGACGGUCUGUUCACUGGACAAAUAGAUGCUGUGGAUACUCUUAAUGCUACUUACAGAGUAACUUUUGAUAGGGCAGGGCUUGGAACGCAUACCAUCCCUGACUAUGAAGUUCUUAGUAAUGAGCCUCAUGAGACAAUGCCAAUUGCUGCCUUUGGACAAAAACAGCGGCCUUCUCGAUUUCUUAUGACCCCACCACGGUCACAUUAUACUCCUCCUCUCCAGUCUCCGAUUACGGAUAAUGAUCCUUUAUUAGGACAGUCACCUUGGAGAAGUAAAAUUUCUGGCUCUGACACUGAAACGUUAGGUGGUUUUCCAGUAGAAUUCCUUAUCCAAGUGAAAUCAUAUUCCAUGCCCAUCGGCAUUGAAUUUCAGCGGAGAUAUGCAACAAUUGUGCUAGAGCUUGAACAGCUGAACAAGGACCUAAACAAAGUUUUGCAUAAAGUUCAGCAGUACUGCUAUGAGCUUGCUCCAGACCAGGGGCUCCAGCCUGCAGAUCAGCCCACAGAUAUGAGACGAAGGUGUGAGGAAGAAGCCCAGGAAAUUGUUCGGCAUGCAAACUCCUCCACAGGACAGCCUUGUGUUGAAAAUGAAAAUCUGACAGACUUAAUCUCCAGGCUUACAGCUAUAUUAUUACAAAUUAAGUGUCUAGCAGAAGGAGGAGACUUGAAUUCCUUCCAGUUCAAAUCACUUACAGAUUCAUUAAAUGAUAUCAAGAGUACAAUAGAUGCUUCUAAUAUCAGUUGCUUUCAGAAUAAUGUAGAAAUCCACGUUGCACAUAUUCAGAGCGGCCUGAGCCAGAUGGGAAACUUACAUGCCUUUGCAGCAAAUAACACCAACAGGGACUAGUAGGUUAAUUACUCCAACUGCAUAGGACGUGGUUUUCGAGAAGUUCUUUUCCUUUAUGUAGGCUUCCAACACCAAAUAACCUAACUGCUGGAAAACAAGGGAAAUGUCAAUCUCCAAACAAGGCGUUUUAAUAUACUGUACUGCUUCUUAAACCAGCAUUGCUGACCAGCAUUAUAUUUAUUUUUCUUUCGUUAUUCAGCUGCAGUAGCAUUGCUUGUGUUACCUGUGUUUAUUAGCAAGUAUUUUUAAACUGAAAAUAUCUGAGCAUAAUAUAACUUCAUGGAAGAAUACAUUGACCACUUUUUUAACGUGCAUGAAUUCAACCCAACACAUGCAGACAACUGCAGAGGAGAACAUGAAGAAACGUGGUCUUUUUGUACAUAUGCGUGGCAGUGUGGAAAUUCCAUCUCGAAAGACAACUCCGAUUCAUUCAGUGAUCACCAUCUCAGUCUUCAAAAGACAGCAUUGUGAGAUAUGGGAAGUCCGAGUUUGAAGGAAGGCACUGGAAUGUAGAUGGAAAAUGUGGACUUUACAAGUAUAUAUGAUAUAUACUUGCAAGGUGACAUGGAUCUGUAGAUCAUUUUAUAAUAGUAAAUAUUUUAAUUUAUCAUAAUUUAUAAAAGAAACCUUUGUUGAAAGAAAAUGAAGGAGCAGGAAAAAAGCAUUACUUGCAAAAUGCUAAAUUUCAGCAAGUGGAUUGGGCAUGUCUUUUCCCAUCAAUUCAGGGCAAAAAGUGCUAUUGUUAUGAGAUUUAUUUUAAAAAAAAAGACUGAUAACACACUAUUUUCAUAUUUUUUUGUUUAUUUGCACAACUUUUGAAACCAGAUUACUGGUUAAAAUCUAACAGUACACAAUUUAUAAAGUAAACAGAUUUUAUAAGGAAAACAAAUAUAAUAACCAGUGCUGUGAAAUGCAGGAAAAUGGUUUGUAUUUGGUUGUGGUUUUAUUUUUAGUUUUAGGGGGUUUUUUUUAAAGGAAAACUCUGCCUAAAAUGUUAACCUUGUAAAAAGUGUGUACUUGGAAUUUUCUUUGUUUUAAUAUAGAAUAUUAUAAAGUCAAAAUAUAAAUUGUUUUCAGAUUUGGAGUUUAAGUCGUAGCUGUAGAAGUGGCUUUGAUUCUUUUAGAUGUCUCAUAAAAUGAGGCUUUUAUAUGUUAAUGUAUAAUAAAACUGAAACAAGAUUAUUUUCCAUUUGAAAUUUUUGUAUAGUUUAAAAAUGCUUCCAUAUUCUUUGUUGGUAUUGUGCCACUGCAAAACUUUAGUGCAGAGUUUAUAUUUAGCUAAACUUAUGUUAAUUAGGAAAUGCAUAAAUCUUUUAUUCUUAAUAUUUGUAAUUCUAAAUAAAUUGAUCUAUGAA